GAGGAGUACAAACAAACUAAAAAAAAAAAAAAAAAAUUUUUUUUUUAUGAAUAUCAGAGAGCGUGUACGCAGCUUAAACUUUAGUUUACUUUAAUUAAACUGAAUUAAAGAUUAUUAAUUAGUUUUGAAAAGGAAAACAAAAAAAAAAAUAAAUAGUGGCCAUUAAAUCCAGACUGUGCAUAUACGUAAGACUGCGGCUGGAAACAUAAUAAACAGAUAUAUUUUUACAAAAAAGAAAAAAAAAAAAACACUAAUUCGUUUGCCGAUAAAACCGAAACGAAGAAUUGUAAAAUUGUAAAAACUUUGUUAAUCGUGUGCAGUGAGUGCAUGCCGUUUGUUCCGCGACUUUCGAAAAGCGAUUUAAAUAAAAGUUUGAACAUUUUCACAUUAAAUCCAAAUACUGUCCUCAACAAUAAAAUGGAAGUCUUAACCGUACAAAAUCAAUAUACAGAUCAACGCUACAGGAAUAUCGCUACCAGUCGCAUUAAAGAUUGGUCAAGAUCAUUGAAUAGCAAUUCCCGUGGACAACAGGAGCAACAACAGCAACAACAACAGAGAGAACAACAACUGCAUUUGCAAUUAACUGAAGAGCAAUUCGAUUGCGGCAGAAUUGAAGAGGCAGCAAUCAAUGAGCUUUCGUUACGCUUGCUAUCCGAACUGCGUGUGGCGAAAACUCGUAAUCUUACCUGCACAGAAGUGUCCUUACCAAGCGAUCUCACAAUGCGCAUAGCGACCGACAUUGUACGCGUGUCGGAACGUGAGCCUUGCGGUGUGCGAGGUUGCACCGUAUUUAUAGAAUACGAAGAAGAGCCCAACAAUGUUAGACGUAUUGCUAAACUGAAACUAGACGAAGAAAUGGUAUCAACUUUUGAAAUUUAUUUAACAUUAAGGCAAGAUAAAAGAGGAUGGACCGCGUUAUUACCCCAAUUCAUUAAGGGCCUGUCACGGACGGUAACGAUAAGCCCCGACUAUACCAUUAAUAAACGGAAAUUGUAUACGCACGAUAGCAAUUGAAGCUAAAUUAUAGAAUCAGAAUUUUUGAUGGCAUUGCUGAAUAGCAGUCUUCUACGAGUUAGUAGGAAAAGAACACGCGGAGGUCAAAAAAGUAUUCAUUCACGCAUAUGUAAGGCAAAAGGGCGAAGAGUUCAUGCAGCCACGCUGUGCAACUCUGUUUGUUACGAAAGAGAACAAGUUUUAAAAAAGAAACGAAACUCAUUAAAUGAGUUAUAGUACAGUGUUGUUGUUGCAAAUUUUAAGUAGAUUUAUGCGCAAUGUUUUCAAAGUAUUUUGUAUGUUUUUUUAAUUUUUUUUUUUUUUUUAUAAUUCAUCCCACCUGUACACUCGCCAGACUUUCUUAGAAAAAGAAGAAAAA